CGGAACGUCUUCGUGAUGCCGGAACUACGCACAGAUCAUGGCGACAAUGGCGGGGGUCUGUGUGCCUGUGGCCACCCUGGCUGGAGAACUCGGGGUGAAUGCCACCGCGUCACCGCCAGUCGAUCGAGCCACCUCAGAUGAAAGUACAGAGGCAGAAAAGCAGGCAAAAAUGAAUUCCUUGCUGGAGCGGCUACACAACAAAUACAAUGCUUCCAGACCCUGGCCAGAAACCAUGAAGCUUGUGCGUCAGGCAAUGGAAAAGCGCAUCAGUCUCAACACAGGGGCCCAUCAGUGUCUGGUUAGCUGCUUGGAAACACUGCAAAAAGCAUUGAAAGAUCAAGAUGCAGCAGCCCAAGUAGUGAGAGGAAGAGAAAAGUGUGUAGGGAGAGUUCAGAACCUGAUGGAGGGAGAAGCACAGGGUAACAGAAGCAGUGAGCAUCGAAGAGGGCCUUGGAAGUAAAACUGCACAGAGUGACAUCAUUGGCUUCCAUGACAGAUCGACUGGAAUCCAUUGCUCGACAGAAUGGGCUGGGUUCUCAUCUAAGUACAUCAGGGACAGAGUGUUACAUUACCUCUGAUAUGUUCUAUGUUGAAGUGCAGCUUGAUGUCACAGGUCAGCUAGGAGAUGUCAAGGUAGCGCAUCAUGGUGAAACCCCUGUGAGCUGUCCGGAGCUGGUACAACAUCUCAGAGAAAGAAACUUUGAAGAAUUUUCCAAGCAUCUGAAAGGCCUUGUCAAUCUAUAUAAGCUUCCUGGAGACAACAAACUGAAAACAAAGAUGUACCUGGCGCUACAGUCCCUGGAGCUCGACCUUACAAAAAUGAUGCAUAUGUUCAGGUUGGCAACCAGUGGCAGUACUUUAUACACCAUACUUCAUGGCAGCGUAGGACUUCUGACUCCUCGGUGUGGAGGUCACUUGAUGAAUCUCAAAUGUUAUGUGUCUCCAUCUGAUGUGCUAGCCUGUGAUAUGCUUGAAGAAGGAACUGGGGCUCUCCUUCAGCUGAGUGAUGUUAAUGUCAAUGCAGUCCCACGGUCUCUGGGCUUGAACGUGUCAGUGACGAUUGAAGGAGCUUCAUCUAUGUACAAGCUUCCCAUUGCACCACUGAUCACUGGUUCACAUCCUGUAGACAACAAAGGAACACCAUCUUUCUCUUCCGUCACCAACUCAAACUGUGUUGAUCUGCCAGCCUGUUUUCUCCUGAAGCUUCAGCAACCAAUACCCUUUUCUUCAGCAUUUAUACAGAAGCUAGAGAGCUGCACAGGAAUUCCCAUUCCUGACUUGGCCCCAUCCCGGACACCUUUGUAUGAACUCAUUACUCAGUGCAAAUUACAAGAGGAAGGCGGCCCACCACUUUCAGCACAUGGCAUGCGUUUCUAUGCUUCUUUACCAGGACAACAGCACUGUUACUUCUUGAACAGUGAUGCGCCAGUGCAUAAUGGUCAAUGUCUGCAAGGGACACUCCUGUCGAAGAUUCCAUUCCGUCACCCAGCCCAGGUUCCUGGACUGCUGGAUCUGAUCCGCCAUCAAGCAACAUACAACACGCUGAUAGGUAGCUGUGUCAAGCGUACUGUUCUCAAAGAUGAUUCUCCCGGCCUCCUCCAGUUUGAGGUGUGUCCGCUCACAGACACGAGCUUCAGCAUUUCCUUUCAGCACCCUGUCAAUGAGUCCCUAGUCUGUGUGGUAAUGGAUGUCAUGGAUUCCCAUCGGGUGUACUGCAAGCUCUACAAAGGGUUGUCAGAUGCCCUUAUUUGUACGGAUGACUUCAUCACCAAAGUGGUGGAGAGGUGCAUGUCCAUCCCUGUAACAAUGCGUGCUAUUCGUCGGAAGGCUGAGACAAUACAAGCCGACACACCAGCUUUGUCCCUUAUUGCUGAGACUGUGGAUGCAAUACCGAAAAGUCGUUUACCACACACUGGAAGCCCUGAGUACAGCAUGGGCACUGGUGGGAGUGGUGGAACUGGGAACAGCCAGCUAGGCACCCCUGGAGGAAGUUGUGGCAGUGGUGGAAAUUCUUUUUUGGGCCCGAUCACUUUAUUUGACAUGGGGUUGGGUCUGAAAGAUCGCCAGGCAGCUGGAGUAGGAAGCACAGGAGGUGGGCCAAGUCUAGGAAGUGGUUCUGGACCAGGGGAAAGCUCCAAUCCUGUGAGUGGAGUGCCAGCACAUACAGAUGACUUCAACAAAGUCACCCAAAAUCCAAUUCUCACUAGUCUUCUGCAGAUCACAGGCAGUGUAGGGUCUAGUCCUACUCCGCCUCCAUCUUCAGGUCAACCUCAUCUCACACCACCUCCGGUGUCCUCUCCGGCCAGCAAUACCAAGAACCAUCCCAUGCUUAUGAAUCUCCUAAAAGACAAUCCCGCUCAAGACUUCUCCAGCUUAUAUGGCUCAAGCAAUUUAGAAAGACAAAAUUCUGCAGGAUCUCCUCUGACAGAUCCAUCUGGAGCACCCACUGCUUCUGGUAGUAAGCCCAAAAAAAAGCGCCCAAGGGCCUCUGCUUCCAUGUCAGACAAAAGUGGAAAUGGUGGCAUGUGUCUGACCAAGCCUCAGCACCAAACCGAGGAUGACUUUCACAGAGAAUUGUUUUCUAUGGAUGUUGAUGCUUCACAAAACCCGAUUUUUGAUGUUGGCAUACCUGGAGAUGGUUUAGACACUCCUCACAACAUCACCCCUGCCCCCAGCCAGUGUGGUACCCCUCCUGCAGGAGUGGUUGUGGGUGGUGUGGCCCCAACCUAUCAUCACUCCUUACCUUCACACCCGCAUGCCUCACAUGGACUUGCCCCACAAGGCAGGAUGGUUAGACUCUCCAGCUCGGACAGCAUUGGUGCAGAUGUGAAUGACAUCCUGUCAGAUAUUGCUGAACAGACUUCAAAGAUUUCUGGUGUAGGAGGCAGCCAUGUUCACACUCAUGCUGGGAGCAUAGGUGGUGAUGACAGUGGGACGCUGGGUACACCCGUCAGAGACUCUUCAAGCUCGGGGCAGGGCAGCACACUGUUUGACACUGAUGUUUUUGCUGCAGGCAGCAAUGAAAAUCCUUUUGCCACAGAUCCAGCUGACCUUCUGGCAGAGGCUGCUACAGCCACUACACCCAACAGUGACUCAUCAUCUAAUAAUUUCUUUGCGGACACAGAUUUCAAUCCUGAGCUACUGCAAAGUCAGGGUUUUCCACAAAACUACUUUGAUGAAAGCAGUCACAGCGGAGAUGGAGACAUAGAAAUGGCCAAGCCAUACAGCAGCGGAGUCUCACAGUCUCAGUCAGGUGCACAGUCAACACCAAUUCCUCAAAACCCCAGUCAGGGUCAACAUCACCUUCCAGAUACUUCAAUGAAGGACCCUUUUGAAAUGAAUGUAUUUGGGGGAAGUGGAGGAGGCGGUAAGCCCCCUUUAGGGAGUCUCAUGUCAAGUUCAGAUGUAGGGGAGCCUCCUUUAACUCAUACAGGUGGAAAUCAGAGUCCGUCGAUGUCCAUAAUAGGCGGGUCAGGUGGAGGCAGUGGGAUUUUGGAUGGAGAAUUUGGAAAGGGUGACUCAUCAAAGUCCAGUAAACAGCUUCAGCAGCAGAUGAGAGGGAUUAGCUGCAAAGACGGGAAUGGCUCGGGAAGCCUAGGAGGCUCCUGCAUGACCGGUGGAGGCCUGUCUUCUGAGGCUAAGGGAAAGCGUAGCCGCACUCCGUCUAGCGACGGUAAGAGUAAAGAAAAGGCAGCAAAGCGAAAGAAGAUUGACCCUGAGGGGAAGUCUCCUUCCCACAGUUCUGCAAGUCGCCCUUUCACUCCUCCUGCCAGUGUCAGUGGGACUAGCGGUGGAUCAAAAUCUCCAGGGACCUCCGGCAGGUCACAGACUCCCCCUGGAGGAGCUACGGGAGCUGGAGGUGCAACUCCCCCCAUCCCUAAAAUUACCAUCCAGAUCCCAAAAGGAACUCUGGCUGGAGUGAAGACCUCUUCCCAUAGCGGGUACACCUCAAGUAGCUCUGGGGGUGGCAGUGGAAGUGGGGGAGGAGGAGGAGGUAGUAAAAGUCACCACUCCCAUUCCUCCUCCUCUUCCUCGAGCAAAACUAAAAGUGGUAAAUCUGAGGGUUCCCUGACGCAAGGGGGAGCGAGCGGGGGGUCUAGUGGAAUGUAUUCUUCAGGGGUAAGUGGCAAUACCAUGGGAGGGAACUCUUUAUCUAAAGCUGCCUCUCUAGGUGGAGGCAAGCCUGGUUCUUCCCCUGUGGCUAAACACGGACUGAGCAGUACAGGAGGGGCAGGUGGCAGUAAGAUUAAACCACAAGGGGGCAAACCGCCUGCCUCUCUCAUCAACCCCACGUUAGGGAAGCCAAGCAUCUCGCCAUCCCACUCCAGGAGUAGUGGUGGCACAAGUAGUUCUGAAAAACUGUCUUCUCCAAUGAAGCAGCAGCAAGUACCAGGAACACCCCCAUCCUCUAAAGCGAAGUCACCAAUCGGAUCUGGGGGGUCCCAUAUAUCUGGUACAGGAGGUGGGAGCAGUUCAAAAUCUUCUGGCAGUGGGCUAGGGUCCCAAAAGCAAACAGGAAGCACAUCAUCCUCCAGUUCUUCAUCUACUUCAUCCACUUCUAGCUCUUCAUCUAGUUCCUCCUCAUUCUCAACUGGAUCACAGUCCCAAUAUGGUACUGGAGGUGGGGGCACCAACCCAAAUGCAAAAGGAAAGUCUCCUAGCAGAAACAAGAAGCCAUCACUGACCGCUGUCAUUGACAAACUGAAGCACGGUGUUGGGACUUCGGUAGGACCUGAGGAAGGAGGAGACGGUGGUGUACCCUCCAGCAUGGCACCAUCAUCUCAGCAUGGCAUGAGCUCUAAGCAUAAUCUAGCCACAGGCCAAGGAGGGGACUACUCCUCUGGGAAGAGGGAGAAGAAUGAUAAGGACAAAUCUAAAGUAUCCAUGUCGAGUGGAGGAUCUGGUGACAAAAAGUCUUUGGACUCUAAAAAUGUGGGUAGCACCGGAGUGGCCAAAAUUAUCAUCAGCAAACCAGAUGGUGGCUCGCCCAGCAUUAAAGCUAAGGUGACUCUGCAGAAGCCCGGAGAUGUAUCGGCUGAUGGACUCCGGCCACAGCUUUCCACUUCUAAGGCAUAUGGCUCCCCUCUUUUCAGUGGCUCCACUCCCAAACAUGAGCGCUGCUCCCCGAGUCAUAGCAAGUCUCCUGGCUACACUCCUCAGAACAACGACAGCGAAAGCGAGUCCGGGAGCAGCUCAGUCGCUGAGAAGUCGCACCAAAACAGCCCCAGCUCUGAUGACGACCACUCGCUACGGCCACUGCAGCAGCAGCAACACGAGUACAGCACAGGCAGCGAGAAACACAAGAAGCACAAGAAAGAGAAGAAGAAGCAGAAGGAUCGAGACAAGGAACGGGACAGGGAACGAGACAAGGAGAGGGACAAGGAGCGCGAGAAGAAAAAGUCCUCAUUCGGCCACAGCCUAAAGUCAGAUGGCUGGUCCAAGUCCCCAAUCACAUCAGUUGACGCUUCCUUGUCACUGUUGGGUUCUGAACGGCCAUCCCGUCCCAGCCCAGGGUACCUACGGAGCGAGGACGAUGACCUCAUGGAUUCGGCACUAACUGGAAAUCUGGACUCGUUCCUUGGCAAGUAGGGAUGAACACUGAAACAAGAAUCUUGAUGGCAGAGGUCUGCUCGAGAAGGGAGACUGUGGUGGCCUGGAGUUUUGCUUCAAGAUUCCCAAGUUGUUCUUUUUUUUUUUUUUUUUGGGAGACCCCUUCCAUCCCACAAAAAUGGAUGGUUGAUGCUUCAUGGACUGAGCGGUUAGCCUAACAGUAUUGGAGCACCGUGGUAGCCUUGCUCUGCCAAUCACAAGGCUUCUCAGUGCCAUGGCGGUCAACCUUGAGCUGUGCACAGAAGCGAGCCAUUUAAAAGGGAACCGGACAACAACAACAGUGACGUUUUUAGUUACGGUAUUUUAGUGUUUUUAAAUAUCUUAAAUUCUUUUUAUUGCUUUUAACAUGGCUGUUGAGAUGCAAUAUGUUUGUCAUUUAAAUAUUUGAUUGUUUUUUUUUUCUUUCUUUAAUAAAAAAAAGGUUUAAAAUUUUAAAAAGAUAGAAGUUCG